UCAUUUUUGCUUCUUCGAAACAUUCCAAUAUACUUCUGUGUAGUUUUAAAUACGAAAAGUGCGAAGAGUGCAAACAGCAUGAAUAAGUUUCUUUUUGGGGAAAGAAUCGAAUCGAUUCAGAAUCGGGCAUCUCUACUGUAUACCAAUUCGGAAGGAACGAAGGAAGGAAGAAAAUAAGCUAGUAAUAGUUUACGGAAAAAUUUUUGACAGUAACGUGCGUGCGAAUACACAGUUUCUUUUACAUGUUAAACGUAAAAGUGGCAGAUAACUAUGUCUUGCUUAAGUUAGUUGUCAACAAAUACAUAGUCAGAGAGAGUAAAAAGAAUGGGGAGUAUGGUAAACAUACUGUAAAUCCAAGCCUUUAUUGUAAAAGCAAUGAUAGAUCCACUGGAAUUCGUCGCUGUAAGAGAGGAGGUCUCCUUGGAUCACUCAUCGAUCCAUUUUGAUGAACUCAAGGCUGAGAAUGCCCUGCUGGCUUGUGAAUCAGGUGACAGAAAGCAAGAGCUAACUGAUGCAAUGAAAUAUUGCAUAGAUCUGUUGAAAGAAGCACAGGUUAUCCUAGAUCUACAGAACAGCCGUGAAACUAUCUCUACACGGUCUCAACUCAUAGGCAGAGAGAUUUGGCGCAGGAUAAUGGAUAUGCUGUGUCCCACGGAAUUAACAGAGGAUGAGGAAAUGGUCUAUUAUAAGGACAGCUCAAUGUUCUGUACAAAAGAAUCAGAGGAAUCGUCGCAAGAUAUGAACAGUGAAGAGGAACAAGAAAGGAAGCGCAUCUCAAUUAAAAAGCGCCUAAAGAUACCACUUGAAUAUUAUGGAAUAUCAGUGCCAUGGUGUUAUGGUGAAGGAGCUCAUUUAGGAGGAUAUCUCGUUAUUUCUGAGGACGAGGACUUCUCCGAGUCAGAAUUAUCAAAACAUAGCGUCAAUCUUGAGGACGAGUCGGUGAUAGGAAACGCGAAGAAUGACGUAUUUUACUUGGGGAAAGACAAGAUCACCAAAUGGUAUCAGAAUGCUCCUCCAAAUAUCGAACGCGUCAACGACAAUAUUAUGGUCGCACAGGCUGGUACGAAACACGCCGCUAAAAAUCGUAGGCAACUAUUUGGUUGCUGGGAUUUAUUUUUCCCGGAACAAACACUCAAAGAAAUCGUUAAACACACGAACGUUGAACUGUGUAGGAAAAGAGAGAAAUAUUCGCGGGAUAGAGAUUAUAUCUCAACCAACUUGAUCGAGAUCAAGGCGUUACUAGGUUUAUUGUAUUUGGGCGGUUCGUUGAAGAGCUCGCAUCUGAAUGCCAAAAGUUUGUGGGAAAUCAGCGGACCUGAUGCCGAAUAUUUUCGAUUGGCGAUGUCGUACAAGCGAUUUAACGUGCUAAUGAAAGCUCUGAGGUUUGACAAUGCACAAACACACGCUGAACGACGAAAGUACGACAAUCUGGCGGCUAUCCGCGAGAUCUUUGAGAACUUCAAUAAUAGGUGCUUCAACAUGUUUAACAUCGGCGAAUGCGGCGUGAUAAGUGAGAUGGUAGAAGCGUUCAAAGGCAAAUGUAUUUUCAAGCAGUACGCACCUAACAAACUUAGUAAACAUGGCCUCAAGAUAUAUGCCUUGUGCGACUGCAGCACCUUUUACACGGCUAAAAUGGAGAUCUACGCGGGCAAUCAACCCGUCGGACCGUUUCGCGUCAGCAACAAGCCGGAGCAUAUAGUGAAGAGACUGAUACAGCCGAUAGCGAACAGCGGUCGCAAUAUCACUAUGGACAGCCGUUUCAGUUCCUUGUCGUUAGUCGACGAUCUAUUGAAGUGUAAUACGACUGUCGUGGCGAUGCUACGUAAAAACAAUCAGGAGGUCCCACUCGAAUUCUCCAACACGGAAAGCAGACCCGUCUUUAGCAGCUUGGUCGGCUUCCGAGAAAACUCGGUGUUAGUGUCAUACGUGCCGCAAGAAAAAAAAAACGUGAUACUGCUUUCGUCGAAACACAAUACGUGCAGUUUCCAGAACAAUGAGCAACACAAACCGGAGAUUCUCACAUUCUACAAUCGCACGAAAGACGCGGUGGAUGUAGUAGAGCGCCUCAAGGCGGACUACAACGUUUCCAGGAUCAAUUGUCGCUGGCAAUUGACAUUGUUCUUCAGCAUGUUGGACGUAGCCAUCAUAAACAGCCAAAUUAUCUUUUACAGUAAUACGCGCAAUAUCAUGCCGCGACAAGAGUUUAUACAGUACAUAGCGAAAGAAUUGUUGAGGCCUCUGAUGGAGAUUCGUGCCUGCACUCAAACGCUUCCCAAAGAAAUACACGAGGCAAUGAGCGUUUCUAAGACGGGGCAAACGGACAUGGAUAAUGUACGAAGCAGACCAAAGUGUUUUUAUUGUCCCAAAAGAAAGAAUCGGAAAACGUCUAUAAAGUGUGUGAUUUGCUUUCAGCCGAUUUGCGGAGAGCAUACGCUUUACAUCUGCUCUUUAUGUUCUCCGCGACGUAGCGUAGUGGUAGAUGAUAAUUUGCCUUCCAUUACUUAAGUAUGUCACAAAUCUCUAUAGCUCUUUUUUUAUAUCUAAAUUAUAUUUAAAAAAUAAAUCGUAGUUUCUGUGUAAAAAAGAUAAAUGAGUAUUGUUUUAUACUUUAUGUCUAAUUAAUAUUUGUAUCAUUUGUGGUACAGAAUUUCAAUAUGAACAGCGCAAACAAAAGACUGCUGCUAUAUUUAAAUGACCAGCUGAUUCUUGUGAUAUAUGUAUGUACAGUGAUAUAUUCUGAAACAUAUGAAUAUCUGUAUGAUAUGUUUUGAGACCAUGUUUGUUGUGCUUUAUUA